CAGUCUUACAUUUGCAUGGAGAUUAUGGCAAAAGAAUCCUUUUAGGAUUGCAAAACAAAUUUCUUAACUUGUGCUUCUCCACUUCACUGGGCUCAGCUCAAAAUACGCGCCUUCGCUGCACGAUGCAGACGCAACUUAGUCCCUCCGCCGCUUUGACCAAUGAACCAACUCCAUUUACGAAAUUGGUGAAUGUUUACCCCACAUUUUUCUGCUGCUAACGCCCAAAUUGUAUCAUUUAAUGCUGGAGAACGCGUCGUAAGAAACUCUUUGGCCUUAAUUUCUGAUGAAGUUAUCCUCCCAAGUACAGAAAGCAUUUUACCGCUCUUUCUUGGCGGAUGAAUAACAGAACGCUGCUAGCCUUGUGCCAACCAUAAACACUUUCAAGAAGCAAUUACCUUUCAAAACUUUGAUUAUAUUUACUUUUUUUCAGCUAAACAGAAGUUUGGAAAUAAGCCUCAAUCAGCCUGUUUUGGGUUUGAACAUUUUGUUUCAAACUGUGAAUACUUUUGAGCGGUUUCUAUCUCUGGAAGGAUGGUACAAGUGGCCAGCGCGUGAAGCGCGCCCCCAACCACCCCAGCUGAUGUCCCACCCUCUCCCCCACCCUCUUCCAAGAAGCGCCUCGUCUUCCUGGAACUGGCGGCUGCUCCCCCGACGCCAACGGAUCCUUGGUGUUUGUCUAAAGUUGCUGUUUGGCGUCGCUUGCAGCAGUCCCCGAUUCCAAGUGUUUCUUUGGGUAAUCACCAUGGCCAACUCCUUUGGUAGGGGAGCCAACAGCAUGGAUUACAAGUUUGGGUCUCAGAGAGAUUACCAAAGGGAUCACCAUAGGGAUCACCAAAGGGACCUCCUGACCGAAUGGGGGAAGAAGAAGCCUCAGAAGUUCCUUAGUACUUCCCGACAACCUGUGGGCCAGAGGGCAUUGUUUGCUGAGAAUGACUCCUCACAUUUCAAGAUGGGAUUUGUUGGUGAGAAUAAGCAGAGAUUUGGAGUUGGCUUUGAUUCCGCCUGUACUUUGGACGCCUUUGCGGGGCCAAAUUUCUACGAUUCCUUCAAUCCUCAACCCAGUUAUGCGCCUUCGAACUCAUUCUUCAGUGACUAUCCUUCUAGUAAAUCAUUCUUGCAGCCUCAAAAUGAUAGUAGAUACAGUAUGACCACUAUGGAAUAUUUUGAUUCUACUUCCAAGUAUGAUUCUGAAGGUGACAAAACGGCUAACAUUCUUGCUGCCUUAAAUAAAAUACUCGAAGACACUGAGGACCAUCAAUACAACGAUGAAUGCAACUCUGAAAGUGAGUCUAUUGGUCAGCUUGCUAUUAAACUUGCAGACCUGAACAUGAUUGGAAAUGAGAAUGAUCCAAGUGCAAUGUUUCAUGACAAGCCUGAAGAAAGUCAAAUAUUCUGUAAGGACCCCAUUCAUAAGACAGCCAAGUGUGAUUUACCACCCUCACACAAUGCUUCUUCAAAUAUUUUGCUGAAGAACGAAAGGCCAGCUAUUCCGAAAAGGAAAAAUGAUUUCAUUAUCAAGGAAAUGAAGAAGAAGAGGUACAUCCCUUGGAAUUGGUACCACAUUCAAAAUCAAAACAAUGUUAAGGAUCCAAGAAAAAUUUAUAUGAAUGGGUAUGGCAUGAAGCCCAGCCAGAAGCAGAGCUUCAGGAAUGCUCCACCCACUCCUAUGGCAUAUCAAGCAGCCCCUGGGCAGAAAAGUAAAACUCCCUCUUCAAAAUUCUCAGGUCCUCCAUUUUGGAUGCAAUUUAUGAGCAAUGAUUCUAAAUCUGAUGGCAGCUCAUCAUCCUCAAACUCAUCUCUGUACAAAGAUCAUGCUAGUCACACCUCUGCUGAUUCACUGAAUAACUAUAAAGGUGGAUCCAAGUCCAAUGACUCAGGGAAAGCCCCUUUCCCUCCCAGCAGGCAGCCUCGCCGUUUUCGUAGAGCUUACAGCACAGCCAGUAGCAGCAGUGGAGGCAAGACCUCUGAGUGCGUGUUUUGCAAAACCAAUGGAGAGACAUCAGCUAUUUUCCGUGGUCAUGUGUUGAAGGAUGAUCAGGGACGCACUGUCUGCCCCGUUCUCCAACAAUAUGUUUGUUCCUUAUGUGGCGCAACUGGGUUUAAUGCACACACAAUUAAAUAUUGUCCUAAGAAUGAGAACCCUCCUCCCAUAGCCACUAUGACCACCCUGAAGUCAAUGCGGUCUUCUACUGGUCGCAAACGUCAUGGCCCAUGCUCUAAGUUCAUUCGACCAAUUCCUUUUGGCUUUGGUCGCAGUCUUCUGCCUGCCUAGAUGCCACUCUUGUGCGUUGUAGUGCCUCUCUUGUUCAUGGAUUUCUAUAAUGCCUAUAGUUUUCUUCAUUUUUCUGUUUGAUCUGCUCAGGUGACUGCCUUAUUUCUUUUCUUUAUUUUUCUUAACUUUGUAUUGCUAAGGUUGUUAGCAUAUUAUUAAUUCUAGGUGUUAAUUAAUUAAUGUAGCAUGUUGUAUUAAGCCUUAUGGACCACUUUUAGGUUUGAUCAUUGAACCUGAACCUACCAUUGAUAAGAAUUUGGUCCUAGCUGCAAUUGACCAUAGAAAAUAAUACUAAUUACAGAAAUCAAAGUGGAUUGCUGUUGUGUGAUAUGGUUAUAACGGAGAAGUUGUACUUUCUUAAUUUUACAUUUAUUUAAAAAUUUUAAUUGCAUGCCAUGUUUCUAGACAGUUUUUCCACUCUCUAAAUGUACUUUUAAAUCCUCAGUUUAAUCAGUUUGAAGUUUUAUUUAUCUUUGGAUUCUGUUCAUGGGUUUUGAAUGUAUUUGAUCAACUACUAUUAUAUUUGCUCACCAUUAAUAUGUAUUUUACUGUGCACAAGCUAAACCAUUUAUGUGCCUCUACAGCAAAUUAAUUUUGUCUGGACAAACUAAUCCUAACUCAAUCAUUCCAUAUGUACUUGAAAAUUUAUUCUGCUCAAUGUACUCAUCUUACCUUUUCCAGCAUGUGUUUGUGUUUGACAGUGAAACAUCUGCUUUCCAUUAACUUAAGUUCUGUUCCCCUGAAUUGUUUCUUUCCUUUGGGAAUGAUUAUUCCCGGAUGAAGGGGUUUCCCUUACAUAUGAAUUUAAGCAUCAUGUGUAACAUUUUGUGUGUGUUAAUUAUUCUGGACUCUUUGCAUGCCAAAAAUUUGCAAUUAAUUGCUUUCAAUUCAGUUUAUUUUCUAAAUGAGUUUCGUAUCUUUGUGAGUAUUCAUGUAAUCUUUCAUGUGUAUGAAGUACUGUAAUUUGAUGUAUUGUGUAUUG